AUGGGCGAAAGCACAUCUGGAAGUGAUUUAAUAGGCGGAAAGCAUAAGAUGAGCCGAGUGACGGCACGAUGGAAGCAAGUCGAUGAAUUGUGGAGACCAGUAGAUUCUCUGAUAACGACGAUCUUCGUGACGAGAAUAGUCUUCGCGGCGAAGGAAUGGAGCGACGUAGUCGAGUCCAAGUGCACGGCCAUUCCAGUAGAGGAAUUGGUUUUGGUGACUGGAAUGAAAAAAUGGAAAAAAUGA